AUGGCAUCGCCAAAUUCACAAUCGUUGAUUGUAGAAACGUCCAUCGUACAGUUGAUUGAAGAAGUCGAGAAAAGACCUGCGCUUUAUAAAAAAACUUUAAAAGAGUACUCCGACGCAAAUCUCAAGAAAAAAUUGUGGGAGGAAGUUUGUGAAGCAGUUGUUCUUGGUUGGAAUCACCUUAAUGCCGAGGACAGAACAAACAAAGGUCGCGAGGUGCAAAAAAAAUGGGCUAAUUUAAGGACUUGCUUUCGUCGAGAAUUAAAUGCACAAAAAAACACUAAAUCGGGACAAGCUGCGACCAAGAGGCGUAAAUAUGUCUACUUUGAACAGUUAUUAUUUUUACUCCCAUGCAUGGAAAACCGACGUACUGAAGGUAAUCUGGAGGAGGACAAUUCUCAAGAAAAUGAUGAGGAUGAUGAGCAAGCUGGACCAUCUGCUUCCACCCCUAUUCGUCAGCGGAAGAAGAGGCCAAAUGUAUCGAAGCAUACGGACUUGGAUGAGGCAUUAUUAAAAUCAUUAAAUGCGACUAAUGCUGAUGAAGAUGUAAACUUUGCUUUGUCUCUAGUCCCUUCACUCCAAAAUUUAACCGCAGAAGAAAAACUGGAUGCUAAAAUACGUAUUCUGAACGUGUUUAAACAGAUAAGACUAGCUAGGUGUGUUCAAUCUACUCAGCCAACAUACAUAUAGGUACAACACAGUACAGCAACCUAUGUCCUCUUUUCCUCUUUAUCGAGGGACUAACAACAUGCCACCACAACAACAAUCACAGGCUUAUACAACUAGGUCUACACCAUCCCCCAAUUUGCCACCCACAACCAUUCAAAACAUUUCAUCACCAGGCAACUCCAACGAGACAGUCCAGUCUUAUUAUUCAAAUUUUUCAACUAAUUCGCAAAUAUACGAUCUGUAAACAACUUAAUCUCUAA